AGUUCAAACAAAGACUACAAAUCAUUGUUGGACUACUUUUUACAUUCUCAGAAAUUUGACGCCCGGUGCUUGUUUGUCCACAAGAGCCACUAUCGAUUCUCAUAUUUUGCCUAUCCUCAACCCCAAGAUAACCCAGUUUCCCAUUUCCAUCUUCGAAGUUCAAAGGCAAAAUACUUAAUCAGGAUUAGAACUAUGAACCACUUUAUCAGUUUCAUAAUUUGUGCUCUUAACUUUCUUUUUCUGUUGGGGGGUACUAUUUGAGAGAUUAUAAAUAUAAGAAUGUAGUCUAACUUUUCAUAAAAAAAUGUUUUUUUCUCCUUUUAAUCCAUAUUUGUAAUCCCUAAGCUUUUCCAUUUAUGCUUUUCUUAUGAUAUGCAUAUUAUUUUCUCACAUAACCCAAUUAUAUCCAACCAAAAGGCUUUCACAAGGGAAAAACAAAACAUAGAUGCCAUCCACUUUUGCUGCCCUUGUACACAAAGCUCAAAAAAGUUAAAGAAAGAAGAAAGUAAAUGGUUAAGUUUCUGAAGCAGUUCAUGCCCAAUGGAAUAUCUAAUGCAGUUCGAUACCAUAUACGAAUAAACAUUUCAAUUAAAAAAUAAAAUGAUUAAUUAAAGAAGCCCAUUUGGGAAGGGCCAGAUAAUGGAUUAUGGAUCUAGUGUCACAAGGUUUGUGAUCAGCUGCAGACUACAGCUAGCCCAUAAUAUCUGGAGAUUGGGCUCAUAGGUAAGUGCCAUUAUACCUAAUAUUAUCUUUCAUUAUUGGCAAAGAGGUUUAUAAUAAUAAUAUAUAUUUUCUUUUGGGUAAUAGGGAUAUAAAAAAAUUAUUUGGGUUUAAAAUAAUAAAGCUGCCUCCUUUUAAGCUGUGACAUUAUAAACCGCUUGUCCUAUAUUUUCCAGCUGUUCAUUUAUGCCUUGUAGCCUGAGUUUUCUCCUUGGGGAACUGCUUUCUCUCUCUCUCUCUCUCUCUCUCUUAAAAAAAAAAAGUUUGAAAAUGGUAACACAACCCUGAAACCAAGGUAGACAGCUUAAAAGAUAAAGUGUUUAAUGCUCACCAACCGCCUUUGGACUAUAUUCUCAGUCUAAAACCUCUCUAUCUCUUUCAUUUUCUUAGUUUUCAGUUUUAGACCCAUUUCAACCCUCUCUUUCUCUUUCACUCUCUGAUUCUCUCUCACUCUUUCUCUGUAUCAAAAAGAAGAAUGAGUAAACAAGAGUUUAUGAAGAUUCAGACUUGCGUUCUCAGGGUGAACAUACACUGUGAUGGGUGUGAGCAGAAAGUAAAGAAACUGUUGCAAAAAAUUGAUGGUGUGUAUACUGUCACCAUUAAUGCAGAACAAGGGAAGGUGACAGUUUCAGGCUGUGCAGAUCCAGCAAAACUCAUCAAGAAGCUUGAAAAAUCAGGGAAACAUGCAGAGCUUUGGGGAGUCCAAAAGGGCACUACAAAUUUCAACCAAGCCCAGCUCAACAACCAGUUCAAGAACAUGCAGAUUGGAAAUGGUAAAGGUGGAAAAGACAACAAAUUUCAGAAGGGUGGGAAAGACCAGCACAAGGGUAGCCAACAACAACAACAACAAGCAUACCACCAACACCAACACCAAAUGAAAGGGGCUAAGGACAUGAAGCUUCCAUCAAAGGACCAGAAAUCUGUGAAGUUCAACUUGCAAGAUGAAGAAUUUGAUAUGAGUGAUCACGAGUUUGACGAGUUUGAUGAUGAUUUUGAUGAUGAAUGCGAUGAUGAAUUUGACGACGAUUAUGAUGAUGAGGAGUUUGAUCAUGGUCAUCAUCAUUUGCCAAGUAAAAUGAUGCCCAUCAUGGGUAAUGGUCAUGGGCCACAAGGGCCCUAUGGAAAGAUGAUGCCAAUCAUGGGUAAUAGCCAUGGGCGAUAUGGGCCUAAUGGAAUGAAGAAUGUGCAUGCCAUGGAUGACAGAAAAUUUGGUGGUGGCGGUGGAAAUGGAGCCUCUAAGAAAGGUGGGGUUAUUGAUUUCCCAAUAGAAGUAGUGAAGGGUAAGAGUAAUGGAAAAAACAAUGAAGCAAAGAAUGGGAAUGGAGGUAAAAAAGGUGGUGGUGGUGAUGGAAAAAACAAGGGUGGGAAUAAAAAACAAGGUGGUAAAGAGAAAAAUGGUAGCAAAAAAGGGGGUGGUUUUCUGGGAUUUGGUAAAAAAGCUGGAGUGUUAUUUGGAUUUGGUAAAAAAAAUAAGAAAGCAGGUAGUGGUAGUGCAAAGAAGGGUAGCAAUAAAGGCAGUGGGAAUGAUAGUAAUAAAAGCAAUAAUGGCAAAGGGUCCCAUAAAAAUGGAAGCAAACGCGAUGGGGACCAUGAAAUUGAGUUCAGCAAACCAAAGGGUGGUUUUCAAGAUAUUGAUAUCACUAGCCAUGGCAAAGGAGGCAAAGGUAACAAAGGAGGAGGAGGUGGUGGUGGUGGUGGUGGAGCUGCCAAAAAUGUGGGUCAGAUGGGCCAAAUGAACGGCCAUGGUGGUGGUGGUGGUGGGAACAUGGGUCAAAUGGGUCAGAUGGGUCAGAUGGGUCAUAGUAUGAGUUUGGGUCAUAUGAAUCCAAUGGGUAAUAAUCCAAUGGGUCCUAUGGGUAGUUAUCCAGCGGUACCGGGACUACCUGCAGCAGCAAUGAUGAACGGCAAUGGAGGAUAUUAUCAAGGGAUGGGCCCUGGCAACCCUUAUAAUCAACUUCAUCAACAACAACAACAACAACAACAACUACAACAGCAGCAGCAACAACAGUACAUGCAGCAACAACAGUACAUGGCAAUGUUGAUGAACCAGCAGAGGGCCAAUGGGAAUGAGAUGUUCCAACCAAUGAUGUAUGCACGGCCACACCCUGCGGUCAAUUACGCGGCACCACAGAUACCGCCUCAUGUGGCCGAUCCCUACACUCACUUCUUCAGUGAUGAGAAUACCGAUAGUUGCAAUGUAAUGUAAAUUGUUAGGAUAACCCAAAAAAAAAAAAAAAAAAAAAAAUUUAUAAUAUGUUUUGUUUUGUUCUCUUGUAUGUUUUUUUUGCUUUUUAAUUGUACUAGAAAAUUGCAAAGGUUUGAUAGUGCCAUUGCUUAUGUUAUAUGGUAAGCAUUGGAAGAUUUUGGAACCCA